AGUGGUGGUGAAACUCAAAUUACAUACGUUCAAGAUUGGAUACUCCAUGUUCAAACAAAUAUCAAACAUAGCAAUUAUUUAAAGACGUUAUUGAAACAUUCUGUUAACUAUUGUAUAUAUAUGAUGUAAAUAUUUGUGCCGCAAUAUCUGUAUAAGUUGGUUGUGCGAAUUGUGUGAAUUAUAUGCGAUUUAAUAGAAUGAAUAAAUUAUAAGUAUAGAAUAUUAUUGACUAUGAAUUUUUAAAUAAUUGUAAUCAUCACAAGAAUAUUGACAUAAACAAUAUUUUAUAUGUUAAUUUGAAUUAAAAAUGAAUGACUUUGAGGCUUAUGUUACAUGCCCAUAUAACAAAUCACAUCGAAUUUUAAAGUCUCGAUUUCAAAUACACCUCACAAAAUGUAGUAAACAAUAUGAAAAAUGUACUAAAGACACUAAAAUUAAUUGUGAAUUUAAUUCAUCACAUUUAUUAGAACCAGAAGAAUAUGAGCAUCAUCUUUCAAUGUGUCCAUCUAGAGCAAAUGUAAUAUGUGAACAAUAUGUACUUGGGCAAGAUGAGCAAGAUAUUGGAAUAAUUUCAUUAGAAGAUGCAUGUAAUGUACAACCAAAUAUAUCUAACGAAGACUGGUCUGGAAAUAAUCCAACAUAUAAUCCAGUAAAACAAACAGAAGAUAAAAAUAUAAUUAGAUUACCAAUUGCUAUGUCAAAAUCAGAAAAAAAAGAAUUUCGGCAACUUGAAAGAGAUCGAAUAUUGUUUCUUGAAAAUAAUAGUAACAUAAGCAAUAAUGAUAGUAAAAUAAGUAUUAUAAAACAGAAAACUGACUUUGAUGAACCAUUAAAAGCUCCUAAACAAUUAUCUAAGGCAAUAUUAUGUAAUCAAGAUCUUACUAAUUAUCUUAUUUCUAAACUAAGUUCUAAACUAAAUAAAGUUUCUGUAGAUAUAGAUAAUAAUUAUAGUUCUUCAAGAAAAGAGAAUUUAAUUUCAAAAAAUAUUUCUGAUGAAGAAGAAAAAGAAAAUAUUUCUAAAGAAGAAAAUAAUGUAGCUGCAUCAUUUCAAACAUCAUUUCAAAACAUAUCUAAGAUAAAUAAAAUUUCUGUAGAAAUAAAUAAUAAUUCUUCAAAAAAAGAAAAUUUAAUUUUGAAAAGUAUUUUUGACGAAGAAAAAAAAAAUGUUUUUGAAGAAAAAAACAAUGUAGUUACGUUAUCUCAAAAUAUUUCUAAACUAAAUAGAAUUUCUAUGAAUAUAGAUAGUAGUUUAUCAAAAAAGGAAAAUUUAAUUUUGAAAAAUAUUUCUGACGAAGAAGAAAAAGAAAAUGUUUCUGAAGAAGAAAGUAAUAUAGCUGUAUCAUCUCAAAAUAUUUCUAAGAUCAAAAAAAACAUUUUAGAAGUGAAGACUGAUUUUAAAACAAAGGUAUGUAUUUCUCGAAAAAAUAAUUCUGAAAUGCAAACAAAUUAUGGAAAAAAUAAUAAUCUUCAAUUAAACUUGCAUAAACAAAAUAAAAUUGAAUCUCAAAAUAAUAUUCAUUUAAAAUCAAGAAUAGCAGCAAAUAUUUUUACAGAAGGAAUGAAAAUUAGUACUGGAAGAGGAUUCACUAUAGCUUAUAAUUCUUUUUUGAAUAAAAUAAAAUUGGAAGAUAAUGGAAAUUCUUAUAUUUAUGGUUAUGAUGAAGAUUAGAAAAUACUUUAACAAUGCUUACUUAACAAUACGUAAGAAUACUUUAACAAUGUUAAUUUGCUUACAAUUUUUUUCCUAUUCUAUUUUUCCUUAAAUCUUUCGAAUAUAUAUUUAUAUUUGAAUCAAUAACAAAUAAUUAA